AUGAGAAAGAAGCUUGACACUCGGUUUCCAGCGGCUCGAAUAAAGAAGAUCAUGCAAGCGGAUGAAGAAGUCGGAAAGAUAGCGCUUGCAACUCCCGUUCUGAUAUCCAAGGCCCUAGAGAUUUUCCUUCAGGACUUGUGUGAUCGGACGUAUGAUAUCACUUGCAAGCGCGGGGCGAAAACCCUGGCCGCGUCCCAUUUGAAACAGUGCGUCGCCUCUUUCAGCGAGUACGAUUUUUUGAAAGAAGUCGUUUCAAAACUUCCAGAUGUUGACGCCCCGGACUCUCCUGAUGAUGCCCCAUCCGGUCGCGCAAAGAGGAAGCUGUCCGACGAUGAUCAAGAAGAUCCUGUUUCUCCGAAAUUUAAGGAAUCGAAGGGGACUAGCCGUGGGAGAUCAAACGGCUGCAACGAAGUGGUGAAGGCGGAAGUCAAGCAGAAGCAAGACCAGUCCAGAGGGAAGCUGACCCGAAUGCAGAAGUGA